AUAUUGCACAAAUGGUGGCACCGAGCACAUCACUGCGUGUGUGAGACAAAAGGCUUGCAUCUGUGGACAUCUCUGAAGCUUUAAUGUCGACCCACCAAAAAUACCUCCCCACUCCCCUUUAAGCCAGACCGCCGUGCCAGUGAGUGUUGUGUCGGAGACGGUCUACCCCACGGUCUGGUCUGGUCCAGCUAACAUUAGCUGACUGACCUGCUUGGCUCGAAAGCAGGGCAGAUUUCACGGAGGACAAUGUUUUGCUUUUAGGCCCGAUAACGCUAAAACGAAACGCCGGAUGGUAACCAGAAGAACAUAACUGCAACUGGGAACCGUCAACCGUCAAAGAGAGAGGGUGAGCUUUAAAGAAGUAACGUUAGCAGAUCCAUGGCAAAGUGGCUGAAGGACUACCUAAACUUUGGCAGCAGGCGUGACCCUCCGCAGCCCCCGAGGCCAGAUUACAGUGAGAGUGAGAUUUUGAGGGCUUAUAGAGCUCAGAAAGAGCUAGAUUUCGAGGACCCAUAUCAACACUCUGAUAAGGAGCACCAGAAUGGCGGUUUCAGCUCCUGUAGUGCCACAGUGAGCCUUCCCUCUUUCCCUGCGUUUGGCUCAGUGCUGCCUAAUGGUGUGGAGGUGAAAGUGGUAUCUCCCAAGCACAGAUUAAUUAAAGUGGACUCACAGGAGUUUGGCCGCUGUAAAAUCCCCUUGAGUCCUGUGACUGUUCAAGAAGAACCAGUGGUUCCCUCUGCCCCAGCGGCAUCAGACACUGACACAGACUAUUCUGACCCAUUUGAUGCCCGUCCAGACCCGCGAGCUAGACCAAACUGGGAGGCCAAGCCUGCACCGACAGACUGCUGCAGUUACAUGGAGCCAUUUGAGGCCCAGCGGAUCAUCUCAGAGCUGCAGCACAACAUGAUGACUAACAGGUCUGGGAGCGGAGAUCCCGGCCAGUUAUAUGACAACCCAUACGAGGAGAGGACUCGUCACCACCACCGAGCUGCUCCAUCAGCUCAACAGCAAACUCAGAAGGUUGAGGGUGGACUCGGCCUGGUAGACAGCAGGGAGAGCAGACUCCCACAGGAUGAUGAGAGGCCGGCUGAUGAAUAUGACCAACCCUGGGAGUGGAAGAAGGACAACAUCUCGAAAGCUCUAGCAGUUCAGUUUGAAGGGGCAGAAAGGGAGCGCUCGCGAGCUCAGACAGAACAGACCAGGCUCACCAAGACAGGCACAACAUCUACCACAGCGGACUCAACUACACUGCGUUUGGUUGGCGACACUCCUCCUCUGCUGGGAGAGAGGGUGGAUCCAUCUAUGCCACUGGAGAGACAAGUAUGGUACCAUGGAGCCCUUAGUCGCUCGGAGGCAGAAACCCUACUGACUCUGUGCAAAGAGAGCUCCUACCUGGUGAGGAACAGCCAGACCUGCCGCAACGACUACUCGCUCUCACUCAGGAGCUGCAAAGGCUUCAUGCACAUGAAGUUCACUCAGUCCGCAGACGGGCGUUAUGUGCUCGGGGAGAACAGCCCUCCCUUCUCCACCAUCCCGGAGGUCAUCCACUACUACACUACACACAAGCUGCCAAUCAGAGGCGCUGAACACAUGUCCCUACUGUAUCCUGUCAUAGUGCAGACCCUCUGACGCUGACAAACACAAACUCUUUUUUUUCCUGGUGCUACUGAAAACAGUAUAUACUCAGUAUUUACCCAGUUUCUGCCCCCUUCUCCUACAUGCCUUUUCACUGCCAUUCUACCUGCACUAGUCACAAGAGAUUCGACAGUUUGGUGCCAUCUUUUCCUUUUCCUUUUCUCCAUAACCCCAGUAACUACACUGGCAGCCUAACAACAGAGCUCAGUGCCUCAUGAACCUAUACCUGUGAACUGGUAUUAUCACUGAAAUUCCUGCAUUUUAAUUCCACGGACUCCUGAAAAUCAGCGAUCAGUGCUAUUAAGUUUGGUAGCUGAGUACUUUUAGGUAAGAAGAGGAAAAGACUCGAGGUGGUCUCAAGACAGUAGAAUUUACAGAAAACUGCAUGGAGAUUUGUCUCUGUUACAGUAGUGCAGAGAUAGACUGUACUGCCAGGUGACUUAAAGGAUAAUUGUGGUAUUUCCUUUUGGCUUAAGCUUGUGCCAAUGAUCCAGGUUGAUUUUUUUCUUUUUUUCAGCCAAGGCAACGGUUAUUUUUAUGGGAAUUUUAUCUUUUAAAGUGACACAAAAAUCACACAAAAUAACAGUGGUGGUGCGUGGACCAUUAAACUAGACAUAGGCAGUAGAAAAAUGCAGUAAAAACGUGCUGUUACUCUAAGCAACACUGAUUAUUAUCCUUUAAAUGUUAGUAAAUACCACACAAACACUACAUAUUUAACCCUGGCUGUCUGUUGACUCUGGGCUUCAUGUGUGUUUCAGAGGCCUGUGAAUGUUAUACGAUGCUGUAACUGCGAGCCCUGCAGUGUUCUCCUCAGUUCAUCAUGUUAAUGUGUGAAAAACGGAUAGUGACAGUAUAGUGUCACGACUGAUAUGCCUUGUUGACGUCACACAAUAACAGACUCCUGCAAUAGUAGUUUAGAGAAUAAUAACUACAGUAUUAUAUUGAAAGCUUGUGGCUUUGUGAUCAUGGUUAUUAAAGAAGCUUUGGUAGAUUAUUUACUGUGCUGUUUUAUAAGAUUUUAAAUGUCAGUUGAAAAUAAAGGUGUUGCCUGUUUUUAAAUUGCCUGUGCCUGGUUUCAUUUUGUAUUCU